CAAAAGUCUUAAAACUUUAUGGUGAUUCAAGUCCACUUUGGUAGUUUGAGAUUUUUGGAUUAUCUUAAUGUCUGCAGCUUUGGUUGGUUGAUUGAUUGAAAGUUAAGGUCUUUUUAGUCCUUACAUUGAUUGGAUUUGAUGUAGCAUAUUGGAUCAUUCAGGUUAGGUUUCUAGUAUUAUAAAGAUCCUUUUUGUAAUGAUGCAAUGGCUGUUUUUAUGACUUUGAUGAGCAGAGCGAGUGAUAAGUGUCAAAGAGAGAAAAGGAAGACCAUUAAUGGAGAUGAUUUGCUUUGGGCAAUGGCCACUUUAGGAUUUGAAGAAUACAUUGAACCCCUCAAGCUUUACCUGAUGAGAUAUAGAGAGAUGGAGGGUGAUACAAAGGGAUCAGCAAAAGGUGGGGAUGCAAAUGCAAAGAAAGAUGGGCAAUCAAGCCAAAAUGGCCAGUUUCCGCAGCUUCCUAACCAAGGCUCUUUCUCACAAGGUCCUUAUGGGAACUCUCAAGCUCAGCAGCAUAUGAUGGUUCCAAUGUCGGGAACAGACUAGUGGCACCAAAAAGGGUUUUAUCUUUCGUCUGUACAUUAUUUGUGAGCUGUAAGAGUUUUGCUAUAUUAUAUAUGCAGAACUUGUGACAAUCUCAUUGUUUUUUUUACCUUUUGUUUUUGUUUCCUAUGAAUUUGUUCUGAAUAUGUUAAAGAAAUCAUUUUUAUAUUUGGUUUGUGGAUUA